AUGAGUUUCCAAGAUCUCGAAGCUGGCUCUCGAUUUCAGGCGCCGAAUCGUGGGAGGCAGCAGAAACAUAUGUCUCGUGGGGAUCCGUCUCAGGAAGUAGCCGCCGGGAUCUUCAGAAUCAGCACGGCUGUCAAUUCCUUCUUCCGCCUCGUUAAUUCGAUCGGAACGCCGAAGGAUACUCUUGAAUUGCGGGAGAAGCUGCAAAAGACAAGGUUACAGAUAUCAGAACUGGUGAAGAACACGUCAGCUAAACUUAAAGAAGCUAGCGAAGCCGACCUCCAUGGAGCAGCUAGUCCAAUUAAGAAGAUUGCGGAUGCUAAACUGGCGAAAGAUUUUCAAUCAGUUUUGAAAGAGUUUCAGAAAGCUCAGAGACUUGCAGCUGAAAGGGAGAUUACAUAUACUCCUGUGGUCACACAAGAUGUACCUACCAGUUAUAAUGCACAGGAACUGGAUAUUGAAUCUUUAAGGACCUCCCAGGAGCAAACUCGUCUUCUACAAUCAAGAAGGCAAGAGGUGGUGUUUUUAGAUAACGAGAUAACAUUUAAUGAAGCAAUUAUUGAGGAAAGGGAGCAAGGAAUUAGAGAAAUUCAAGAACAGAUUGGUGAAGUGAAUGAAAUCUUCAAAGAUCUAGCUGUUUUAGUGAACGAUCAAGGAGUUAUGAUUGAUGAUAUCAGCUCUAACAUUGAUAAUUCACAUGCUGCAACUUCGCAAGCCAAUGCUCAACUCAGAAAAGCAUCUAAAACUCAAAGAGCAAACUCAUCUUUGACGUGCCUUCUUAUUCUGAUUUUUGGGAUUGUUAUCCUCAUUGUCAUCAUCGUUGUCUUGGUCUGA